AUGUACCUCGACUCUCACCACAUCCGACGACCGAUGACAACCUCCCCACCCGCAUACACCUCCUCCUCCCCCUCUAUCUCCGCUUCCCACCGCCCGUCCCUCUCCCUACAUGACAUCCCCUCCGACACCGACCUUCCCAUCAUUGACGGGUAUACCCCCGCACCCUCCGAGCCUCUGCCCCGCUACCCCCGAGCAGCACAAUACGUUUUCCUCUCCCUCGAUGUAGGGAACAGCGUCGUAGUAGACGCGCAUACCGGCCAGCCGGUGAUGGAAAGCCUCACCACCUCAGAAGAUGGGGAAAGCAGCGAAACCCAGCUCAGAGCUCUCACCUCCAAUGGUGACCUGAUCUGUCGGGUCUCAUGGCCCUCUGGUAGGAAGGCUAAAGCUGGUCCCACGCUCGACUGGGGAUCGGGACAGGGAGCGGUCGGCUUGAGGAAAUGGAUGGCUCGGAAGGGUGAUCCUGGAGCGCUGUUGAGGGUCAAACAUCGGGGGAAGAAAUACGACGUGUUCCAGGCUGGGCAGGCGUUGGGUGUGCGCUACGCCCAAAAACGGGGGAGGGAGCCUAUGUUGCUAGGCAUAAGGGACCCGAUGAAGUAUACCGAGCUGGUGCUGAGCCCCCUGGUGGGGGAGGAGAGGGGGGAGUUGCUGGAGCUGGGAUGCGUGAUCGUCUUGCUGCUCAAGAGCAAGAAGAAGCUGGGCCCUGACUUUGAGGGACGACAGUUGAGGGAUACGAUUUGGAGCGGGGUGGAGAAGUGUUUUACUAGCACUGGGAACGCCCAGCCGGGGAGGGUGUUGACUUGAGAAAUGGUGGGUGUGAUGUACUUGGGCCGAUUUGGAUGAUAACUGGAUCAAAAUGGUAUAGUAUGGUAUGGUGCAUACGCCAAGAUGCUUGGGCGUCUCGAGCCAAGUCCUAAUGGGGAUUUCCGAAGCCAUUGUCACGCGGUGUAUCACUACGCUCAUCCCUUCCUCUUUGGUCUCCGUCUCCCAAGAAGUCUAUCUUCUGAUGUGAGCCUGUGAGGGUGAUGCGAAUCAGCAGGAGGAUGGUUAUCUACCCGCAUCCCCUUGUGUCUCGAGAUGGACGGGGUGCAUAGGAUGGUUAGGGAGGUGUUGUUUGGCAAGACACCCGCGGUGUAUACUGGACUUAUUGGGGUGCGUACUGCUGUACAGCCGUGGAUACAGGACGAAGUAGAUCGCCGGGUAUACACCGUAUACUGCCACGCUACGCCCUGCAGAAGGACCGACGACGGCCGAACAGGUCUGGGGGGACGGUUGUCACUUUGUUUCUCUUCCUAUGCUUGAGCACUGGAUGGGGGCAGUGAACAUGGCGUACUCUCAAGCCGGCGGAGCAGGGAAUGAAGGAGAUGCUCCAUGAAUUACCGUGUUACAACUGGAGUGGAGGGCCGGGGGAGGUGAUAAAAGGCACUGCAGAGCUGGUCAAGUUUGGAUUGUAUUUGAGGAGCGCUGCUCCGGUUUGGCAUGAGGGACGGGCGGGGGCGGUCCUGCUUACACACGCUGCAGAUCCGAUUACACCUUUCCUCGGUUGACCACCAUCGCAUUAAUAUUUAUACUCUGGUCCUCUCCAACAAAGCCAUGGUUACCCCGAUCAACACACCACACAUGCAUCCCCUGCACUCGGAGCUGUGUCUGAGCACUGCUUGGCAAGAGUAUUUAGCGGACACUAGGCACCAAGUCGUACUCUAGAGCUGGUCUCGAAACCCCUUUCUCCUCUGCUUAUCACGAACUAACCCUUCCUACUAACAUCUCAUUACCAGUGCGGUCACGACUUAUGCGGGUCGACAAUGGCGGCGUCGCAGGCAGCUAUAAUCAAUUACCAGCACAUUCAGAGGCAAUACGAAGCCGGGAAGGCAACCGCUACUGAUCUGAAGAAAGCAGGAAAGCAAUUGGGCAAGGUACAUCGCUUGAUGCCGAAAGUUGCCGCCGACGCCUCGGCAAAGCAAAAAGACUAUUCAACGCAUCCGGAUCGGCCGUUUCCUUCAGCAGAACACCUCAAUGCGGCAAUAGCGGGUACAGCCAAUGCCCACAAAAAUGCUGCAGACAACAGGGACGUAGCGAGGAAGAUUCACGAUAUAAACGUGCACCACUACAACAGAAUCAAAACAGCCAUUGCCGCGCGAAAGAAAGAAGGUCACGAUACCACGGACCUACAGGACGCACUAGAAAAGGCCAAGAAAAGGAAGGCUAAAUGGACCCAAGUAUAUGCCCAAAGAACAAUGGAAGAGAAUAUGCAUUAUCAUUCUCUGCAGACUCUCCUUGGCAUGAAUCCUCAGCCAGGUGCGAAUCAUUAGAACCGCCCGACCUGUUCAUUCUUGGAGGGCGUUGCAUUCUUCUAGGCGUGCGGGUUUUAUUUAUGCCAUUUGUAUAGAUCUAGACUUGUAGCUGUGAAAUGCUGUUUGGAUGUGUAUCAUCU